AACUUAAACGCAAUUGUUUUACGGCAGUGGGAAAUUCACAAUCGACUGCUUAGUUUCAUUUCUACAAUGUUCAUCUACAGACUUGUCUUUAUUGCGCCUCUGAUAUUGGUUUUGAUCGGCACAGUUAAGGCCCGCCAUCCCUUCGACAUUUUCCAUUGGAACUCUAAAGACUUUGAGGAGUGCCUACAUGUUAAUAAUAUAACUAUCUCAGAAUACGAAAAAUACGCGCGCUUCGAGACUCUGGAUUAUCUUCUAAACGAGAAUGUGGACCUCAGGUACAAGUGCAAUAUCAAAUGUCAGCUGGAAAGGGAUUCGACAAAAUGGUUGAAUGACGAAGGUAAAAUGGAUCUGCAAUUAAUUAAAGCCACCAACGAGGCAGCGGAUUUGAUUACCAAGUGCAUGCGUCAGGCAUCCGAAGAACCUUGUGCCUACAGCUUCAAACUGGUGAUUUGUGCCUUCAAAGCCGGUCAUCCGGCAAUGUCUGAUUCCAAGUAGUCUUUAUUAUUUAAGAUGAAUGACAGAGAAAAGUUACGAGCUCGAAGAGAGCAAAUAAAAUCUUCCUAAAACAAA